UGCUGUGAUGGGACUACAAAUCCGUUAGUACCCACAGUCUCCUCCUCUUCCAUCAUGGCUCCCUCGGCAGACAGGCAAGGAUACUGGGGGCGGCCAACCUCUACACUGGACUGGUGUGAAGAAAAUUAUGUCGUUUCUUUUUACAUCGCGGAAUUUUGGAACACUGUCAGCAACCUGAUUAUGAUUCUUCCUCCCAUUUGUGGGGCCGUCCAAACGUUUCGUGAUGGCCUUGAGUUUCGCUACGUCUGCUCUUUCCUCGGCCUGGCAGCUGUUGGUGUUGGAUCCUGGUGCUUCCACAUGACGCUGCUAUAUGAGAUGCAGUUACUGGAUGAGUUGCCAAUGAUUUACAGUACAUGCGUCUUUGUCUACUGUCUAUAUGAGUGCUUCAAACAAGAGAAAAGCAUCAGCUUAUUUCCUAUUGCAUUAUUAUUAAUCUUCAGCAUCUCAGUCACUGUGGUAUAUUUACAGUGGAAGGAGCCAGUCUUUCACCAGGUCAUGUAUGGUGCUCUGGUAGCUUGCCUAGUGAUGCGAUCUAUUUUCAUUGUUACAUGGGUGUACCCAUGGCUCAGGCCGCUGUGUUACACCUCCUUAGGAGUCUUUAUGUUAGGGUUCCUACUUUGGAACAUCGACAAUGUCUUCUGUAACACAUUAAGAGCCAGUAGACAAACGCUUCCCCACGGUGUUGGAGUAGUGACACAGUUUCAUGCCUGGUGGCACAUCUUCACAGGCCUUGGAUCCUACCUGCACAUACUUCUCAGCCUGCAGAUCAGGUCAACCUACCUCAAGUACAGACCAAAAGUAAAGUUUCUUUGUGGUGUCUGGCCCACAUUGCACAUUGAACCACAGAAGACGAGCUGAAAUGAAGGGAUGGGGACCAACUGAAGGAUGGUGACUGCCAUAUCCAGACGCCAUCGGCACAGGGACCUGCCAUUGCCCAUUGCUGGCAAAUUAGCCCACACCUAGGGGGCAGGUGGACCCCAAGGCACCACCCAAGGGACCCUUCGGUUCUGCACUGUAGGGAUUUACUAAGUACGAGUUCAGUUUUAAGAAAUUGAAGAUUUUUUCAUUAAUCAUAAUUUAUUAGACUCGCUUUUCUGUAGUGUAAUAAUUACAUUUUUCUCAUUCAUUUUCAAUGCAAAUAUGAUGUGUAGCCCACUGCAGUGGUAAAUGAUGAAUGGGUUAUGAAUGUUAUCUUAAUUAGGGUUUGGGAAAAGGGAAAACAGUAUCAUUGAUUCAGAAUUCACAUUAGCAUAUUUAUUGUUGUAUUUUUGAUUAUGUGGAUAUUUGAAUCUCCUAAGCCUAAAGAUAUUUAAAUAGUAUAACUAAGGUUUUUGCUUAUGUGUAGUUUAACAAGCAGCUGAGGGAGCUCUGCUUACAACACAGUGCUAUCAUAUCCCUUUUUAAGGAGUAUUGUAUUGUUUUUGGAAAAGCUCAUUACAUAUGGGAAAGUAACUGCCAGCUAAAAAGUGAAAGUGAUACUGUGUUACUGUAGCUCAGCUGUCUUGUCUAGAAGAUCCUCCUUCAUUUGCUUGGCCACAGGAAUUACUUUUACUUGAAAUUUUCAAUCAAAACAUGCCAAGACUGGAAUUAUUCAUUUCUUUUUUUUUUCCAUUGCCAAAGUUGCUCUGGGAUUUAAAAAAGUAAUGUAAUGUGUGAGACGUGUUAAUCUUUUACCUUGUUGUAAGCAACAAGGGAUACGAUGCUUAUAGUUUUCUUACACAACCUCUAACACUGAAUUUCAGUUUUCCCAGGUACUGUACACAAAGCAAGUUGAACCACUUUCUACAUCUCACAUUUCUGUGGACUGAGAAACACUUUCAAAAUCUUUAACAUGAUACUGCACACACAUGUGUGCUCUGUGAAGGACUAGAAUUUUACAGCCACCCCUUAAGCAGUAUCAGAAUCACAAUGAGCCUCCCUCGGGGUGUAUUAUGUUAAGAAAACCCUUUUGUGUGGAUUUGACCAGCAUGUGGAGGGUCUGAUCAGGCACAAAUAAUGCAAACAUGCAGAAACAUCACUGGAAAUGCAUCAGCUCAACUUUCCCAUAGUCUAUCUUAGGCCAUUAUCAGUGACACACAUGGCCGAUGUGUACAGCUAGCUUGGAGGGUAGUUAAAAUGAGUUCAAAUGCUGAUAGUUGAAACCCAGCUAACAAAUCCAGCAAACAACCUGUGAAGAGUCAAAUGGCACAUAUACACAUUGUGGAGGAAUAGCUUUUUCAGACAGUCUGAUACAACCACUAGGUGGCAUACAUUUCCAGCUUAUUUCAGACAUUGCCAAGCAUGCCCUUGUGCAUGGAAGAACACCACCUACCUACUGUAGAACUCUGUUUUCUUGUACUGGAUCUGUGUUGUGAAAUGAAGGGCUUUUUAUUUACAAUGUUUGUUUUGUUACUGUAAAAUUGUGGAUAUGUAAUGGUAACAAUAGAACCUGGAGUUUGAAGUAAUUGUGGUAAAUUGGAAGAUGCACAACAUUAUUGUUGUAUGGAGAUAUUUGUAUUUGUGUGGCCUCCUUAACUGCUGUGUGCUGGAUUAUCUCCUGAGACAACACAUAAUUCAUUUCAUUAUGCUUACAUGCUGUGUCACUAACUCUCAUUGGGUAUAACAGUUUCAUGAACCCAGUGUUACAAACAUUCUUCAGCACAAUGUAUAAAAGAUAAGUAUUAACAUUAUUCAAAUGUCUGUGAAUCUUCAGUGUGUUAUCUUGAAAUCACUGCUCAUCAGCAGAGGUGAGCGGUUGUCAAAGAGGGUGCCUUAUUGUUAUCCUUGCAGUGUAAUCCAAGUUGCCUUGAUGUUCGUGAUAAACAAACCAUUUAAAUUGUCCCUUGUGUUGUGCAGUAUGCCCUCCCACUGAUUAUUAGCAGUUAAAGCAUCAGGAGCACAAACAAUAACAGUUUCUAAUGCAGUCUGUGCCUGAUUCUUUGGCCAUCUAUUCAUUUCAUGUGUCCAACAACUUAGUUGCAGGUUGUUAAUAAUGAUGAUAACUGUAGCUAUAAGUAAUAAUACUUAUGUGGUGAGGCCAGAAAAGCAAACUCUGCCAACAUUUUGUUGAACUUUGGUCAUGUGCCAUUCUUUAAUGAUGUCCUGUAUUGUCAAAUAAAAUAAAAUGUGUCAGACAAUUUGUCUACAUAAGAA